AUGUCGAGCAAACACUGGAAUUACAAGCAGGAUCUGGUCCAUGCGCACCUCAAGGGCCUGUGUCAUGGCAACCCGGACCUCCAGUUCAUCGAGUCCGAGCGUGUGGUGAUCAACAAGCACUCCAAGCCAGACAAGGUGAUGAUCCUGUCUGGCGGCGGCUCUGGCCACGAGCCAUUGCACGCUGGCUUUGUUGGCGACGGCUGUUUGGACGUUGGCGUUGCUGGUUUCGUUUUCGCCUCGCCCUCUACUAAGCAGAUUGUCUCAGGUCUGAAGGCAAAGCCCUCAAACAAAGGUACCCUAAUUGUGGUGAAAAAUUACACUGGCGACAUUUUGCACUUUGGGCUUGCUGCCGAGCGGGCCAAGGCCGAGGGCGUUCCCGUGGAGCUGCUGAUUGUCCAGGACGACGUUUCUGUGGGCAGAACCAAGAACGGCAUGGUGGGCAGACGCGGUUUGGCCGGGACGAGUCUGGUGCACAAGAUUGUCGGAGCCAAGGCGGCCAAGGACUCGAACAGGGCCUCGUUGAGCGAGGUGUACCGGCUGGGCGAGGCCGUGGUGGCGAAUCUGGUCACCAUCGGUGCGUCGCUCGACCACUGCACGAUCCCUGGUGCCAGACACCACGAGUCCGAGUCCGACGACGAGGAGGAGCAGAAACAUCUGCUCAAGGAGGACGAGAUCGAGGUGGGCAUGGGGAUCCACAACGAGUCGGGCAUCAAGCGCGUGUCGCCGAUCCCGACCAUUGACACGCUCGUGGCAGACCUGCUCAAGUACCUGCUCGACAAGAGCGACAAGGAGCGCAACUACGUGGACUUCGACUCGUCGGACGAGGUUGUGCUGAUGGUCAACAACCUGGGCGGCACGUCGAACCUCGAGUUGUACGCUAUCCAGAACACAGUUGUCGAGCAGCUGGCCAGCGACUACAAGAUCAGGCCGGCAAGAGUGUACACCGGCGCAUACACCACGUCGCUGGACGGUCCUGGCUUCUCGAUCACGCUGCUGAACGUGACUAAGGCGGGUGGCAAGGAGAUUCUCGAGUGUCUAGACUACCCGACCAAGGUUCCUGGAUGGAACUCGGCGUACACGACGGCCGAGUGGGCGGCGAAGUCCGAGUCGUUUGUGAUCGACGCUCCGCAGGUGACCGACGCGUCGGCGGCCUCGAAAGUGCGCUUCGCCAGCAGCACGGCCAAGGCUGUGCUGGAGAGUGGGUGCAAGAAGCUGCUGACCAAGGAGCCCAAGAUUACGCUCUACGACACGGUUGCCGGCGACGGCGACUGCGGCGAGACGCUGGCAAACGGCGCACACGCCAUUCUGGACCUCCUGGCUGCAGAUAAGCUCGAGACCACAGACGGUGUCCGGAGUCUGACCCAGAUCACGGACGUCGUCGAGACGGCCAUGGGAGGCACCUCUGGCGGGCUGUACUCGAUCUUCAUCUCUGCGCUGGCCAAGUCGCUCAAGGACAGAGAGCUCCAGCAGGGCGCCUACGACGUGACGCCCGAGAUUCUGGCAGCGUCGCUCAAGGACGCCCUGGACUCGCUGUACAGGUACACACGGGCGCGUGCGGGCGACCGGACGCUGAUCGACGCGCUGGCGCCGUUUGUGGAGCAGUUUGCCGCCUCCAAGGGCGACCUCAACCGGGCCAAUAAGGCGUGCCACGAGGGAGCAGAGUCGACGAGAAAGCUCAAGGCCAAGUUUGGCCGGGCGUCGUACGUCAGCGAGGAGGAGUUCAAGCCGUUCGAGGCCGAGGGCGGGCUGCCGGACCCCGGCGCCAUUGGGCUUGCUGCGCUGGUCGACGGCUUUGCCGAGGCGUACAGCAAAAUAGGCUCCAAUCUGUAG